AUGGAUAAUAGAAAGGUAUUGGAGGAGCUUGUGAGAGGUCAUGAGUUUGCCACUCAACUUCGACUACUGAUUAAUGGAAAAGAUGAGUCUGCAAAAGCCACCCCAUUUGUCCAAAGUCUUGCCAAGAACGUGCUUAGAUCCUUCACCAACACCCUCUUCUUCUUGGACAAGUAUCCCUCUUACGAGCUUUCCAAUCUUUUCACUCCCACCAAAUCUGAGGACUCCCAAGAAAAUUGCCAGAGUCUCACCAGUUUCAAGAACAGAAGAGGCUGCUACAAGAGAAAAAGAAAUACACAAGAAUGGGAGAAAGUUUCUGAAGCUCCAAUAGUUGAUGGCCACCACUGGAGAAAGUAUGGCCAAAAAGAGAUCCUCAAAGCCAAAUACUCAAGAAACUAUUACCGGUGCACUCACAAGUAUGAUCAGAAUUGUCAAGCAACAAAACAAGAGCAAAGAAUUCAAGAGGAUCCUCCUUUGUAUAAGACCACCUAUUUUGGCCGCCACACAUGCAAUGACUUGCCAAACUCUGAAAUCAUACUUGAUUCCAAUCAUUCUCCUUUUGACACUUCCAUACUGCUAAGCUUCAACAACACCUUCCCUACUCCAACCAAGCAAGAGUGCCCCUUUUUAUCAUCCUCAUCAUCUUUUAAUCCCUCACCAUCAGUUGCCAAAGAGGAGACAAUCCCCUCAUCUUCCUCCUAUGAUUACAUGAUCUCCCCAGAACCCAUUUUAGAUCAUUCUUCCUGGCACAAUAAUGCCACUCUACCACUCGAUCACUGGGAUGUUAUGUCUUCUGCUUUGUGUGAUUCUGUUGACCUUGAUGAUGUCAAACUUUUGUUGGAUUUUGAUGGUUAA